CUUCUAUUGAUAAGAGGUACUCCUCCAUCCAACCAUGGCUGUUAAAGUUUUAUUGGCGAUUCUACUAUGUUUCUUUGCUUGCGAGUCUCUCGUGAACGCUCGGGACCCAUCUGAGAGGCGUGGGUUUCGGUUCACCACAGAAGCUCAGCUAUGCAAGCUUGACAAGAUUCGGGUUAGGCCACCAUCACGAAGGAUCGAGUCGGAGGGAGGCAUCACUGAGCUUUGGGAUGAGGCUGAUGAAGAGUUUCAGUGUGCUGGAGUUGGUGCCAUUAGAAACAUCAUAAGGCCCAAUUCUCUCUCUUUGCCUAAAUUCCACAAUGCCCCUAUGCUUGUUUACAUCGAGCAAGGUGAAGCGUUUUUCGGGAUGAACUACCCAGGGUGCGCAGAGACAUACGAAUCACAGUCAGCUCAAUCUUCAAGGUCUACAAGGCGCAUGGGACGACGAAUUGGCGCCGGCAGAACAGAAGAAGACCAACACCAAAAGAUUCGCAGAGUUCGACGUGGUGACAUGAUCGUCAUUCCCGCUGGUACCGUCCAAUGGUGCUACAACGAUGGCGGCGAAGACCUCAUUGCCGUGGCCUUCCUGGAUCUCAACAAUGAUGACAACCAACUCGACCUCCGCGUCAGGGGAUCUUUCUUGGCUGGUGGAGUUCCAAGUGAAUCAAGAAGGGAAAUAAGAGGAUCAAAAUCAGAAAAUCUUGUGAACAUCUUCAGUGGGUUAGAUCAAGAGUUUCUUUCAGAGGCUUACAACAUUCCAUCAGAAUUAGUGAGGAGAAUGCAAGAAGAAAGGAGCAGUGGGCUCAUUGUGAAGUGUGACGAAGAGAUGUCCUUUUUAACUCCGGAGGAAGAAGAGGAAGAAUUAAGCGAAACGUCAUUUUCAAGAAGGAGAGGAGAAGACUCAAAUGGGAUAGAAGAAACCGUAUGCACUGCUAGAGUUCAACACAACAUGAACACCCAAAGAGAAGCUGAUCUAUUCUCUAGAGAAGCUGGUAGAGUUAACAUCUUGAACCAACUCAAGCUCCCUAUCCUAAGAUUCUUGGGCAUGAGUGCUGAGAAAGGCCACCUUUUCGCGAAUGCUCAACACAACUUGCAUUGGUCAAUGACGGAUCACAGAAUGGUGUACGUAGUAGACGGAGAGGCCGAAAUUCAAAUAUCCGACGACUACGGAAACCAAGUAUUCAAUGAGAGAGUAUCAAGAGGAAACAUGUUUGUGAUUCCUCAAUUCUACCCUGCAUUAGCUAGAGCUGGGCAAGAAGGGUUUGAAUGGGUAACUUUCAAGACAUCAAAUCAGCCAAUGAAGAGCCCAGUGGCUGGCUACACAUCUUUCUUCAGAGCCUUACCACUUCAAGUCUUAGAACAAUCAUUCCAAAUCACAACAGCUGAGGCUCAGCAACUUAAGCAAACAAGAAGGCAACACACUUUCCUCUUCCCUCCAACCAGCGGCAGUAGCUUCAGCCGCAGCCGCAGGUCUUGAAAGCAUCGUUUUGCGAGUAAUAGAAGAGUAGAGAGAUGGCAAAACAUGAAAAAGGGAAAAUAAGGCCACAGUUGUUGUGCUUCUUCUUCUUUGCUUAGCUAGCUAGCUUUGUGUUCUUUGCUAGCUUAGGUGCAAAAGAGUUUUAAAAUUAUCAUAAGUUUAAUACUAAUAUGUAAUAAUAUAUGAUGCAAAUAAAAAUAAUA